CGCUCCGCAUCCAGCGUGCCUUUCACCCAGCGGCAUCUGACGGCAAAGCUCAAUGCAAAUGUGCUUAUAAGGAUUUUUUUUUCACUCGCUCUCUGGCAUUUGGAUUUGGAUAAAAUGGGAUUAUUUGAUGCUCUUAGAGAUUUUAGUUUAUUAACAUGGCUAAGAGAAGAAAAACAGUCUCGGAGGCUGAUUCUGUUGAUCGUUUUCAUUGCGUUGCUGUUGGACAACAUGCUGUUGACGGUGGUCGUGCCUAUUAUUCCAAGCUACCUGUACUCAGUGGACGAUGAGGCUGCUCAGUCGGUCCGGAAUCACUCCAUGUCCCCUCUGUCCCCAUCUGGCACCUUUCAGAGCAUUGUGUCUCUGUACGAUAACACAACACGCCUGACCGGCUUCAGCCCACAGAUGAGCACGGCUGGCCCAAUGACCCCAGCGCCUACUUCUGUGAUGCCCUCUCAAAAUAAGUCUGACUGCCCCAAAGCAGAUGACCAGCUUCUGAAUGAGAACGUGAAAGUGGGUCUGUUGUUUGCCUCUAAAGCAACAGUACAGCUAAUUACUAACCCCUUUAUAGGGCCCCUAACCAACAGAAUAGGAUACCAGAUCCCGAUGUUUGCUGGUUUCUGCAUCAUGUUUGUGUCAACCAUAAUGUUUGCAUUUUCAUCGAGCUAUACGUUGCUGUUUUUGGCCAGAUCUCUACAAGGUGUCGGCUCCUCCUGUUCUUCUGUGGCAGGUAUGGGGAUGCUGGCAAGUGUUUACACAGAUGAUGAGGAAAGAGGAAAUGCUAUAGGAAUUGCCCUGGGAGGACUAGCCAUGGGAGUUUUGGUUGGCCCUCCGUUUGGAAGUGUCAUGUAUGAGUUUGUUGGUAAGACGGCUCCUUUCCUUAUCCUGGCAGUGCUGGCGGUGCUUGAUGGAGCUCUGCAGCUAUUUGUGCUUCAGCCUUCUAAGGUUGAUCCAGAGAGCCAAAAAGGAUCAUCACUAAUUACCCUCAUGAAGGAUCCAUACAUCCUCAUUGCAGCAGGUUCCAUUUGUUUUGCUAACAUGGCCAUUGCUAUGCUGGAGCCAGCUCUGCCCAUCUGGAUGAUGGAGACAAUGUGUCCCAGGACAUGGCAGCUAGGGGCUGCGUUCCUGCCAGCCAGCAUCUCAUAUCUAAUAGGGACCAACAUCUUUGCCGUUUUGGCUCACAAAAUGGGGAGAUGGCUGUGCUCACUUAUAGGGAUGCUUCUGGUUGGAAUCAGCAUUCUCUGUGUGCCUCUUGCAAAAGACAUAUACGGACUCAUUGUGCCAAACUUUGGAGUUGGAUUUGCAAUAGGUAUGGUGGACUCCUCCAUGAUGCCUAUCAUGGGUUACCUAGUAGAUCUGAGGCAUGUAUCUGUGUACGGUAGUGUGUAUGCCAUUGCUGAUGUUGCCUUCUGCAUGGGCUUUGCAAUAGGUCCAUCGGCAGGCGGGGCGAUUGCAAAGAGCAUCGGCUUUCCCUGGCUCAUGACCAUCAUUGGUGUAAUAGACAUCCUGUUUGCUCCUCUCUGUUUCUUCCUGCGAAAUCCUCCCGCCAAUGAGGAAAAGAUGGCCAUUUUG